UCCGCCUUGCACAUGUGUUUACUAAAAUUUUGGUUUCUUACCGGGUAGCUCUUAAAGUUAUUAGUAACCGACACCCUUUUCACAUCGGCUAAUUUUAAAUCGAUUAAAAUAUGGGGAAGCUGAAUGUCGUGAUAUUAAGAUAUUUAUCUCGAGAUGACUUCCGAGUCCUCACUGCUGUUGAGAUGGGGAUGAAGAACCAUGAAAUUGUUCCAGUAAGUCUUCUGUCAUCCAUAGCAAGCCUCAAACACGGCGGCUGCAACAAGAUCCUCAGAGAACUUGUCAAACACAAACUUGUGGUCUAUGAACGCACCAAGACUGUGCAGGGCUACAAGUUGAACUAUGGAGGAUAUGACUACUUGGCUCUAAAGACCCUGUGCUCUAGAGAAGUGAUAUUGUCAGUUGGCAACCAGAUGGGUGUGGGCAAAGAGUCAGACAUAUAUAUUGUGGCAAGCCCGAAUGGGGAACAGUAUGCAUUGAAGCUGCAUAGGUUGGGUCGUACCUCCUUUAGGAACCUAAAGAACAAGAGAGAUUACCACAAACACAGGAGGAACAUGUCCUGGCUCUACCUUUCACGCCUCUCUGCCAUGAAGGAGUUUGCCUAUAUGAAGGCUCUGUAUGAUCGAGGCUUUCCUGUUCCCAAACCUGUUGAUUACAACAGACAUGCUGUAGUGAUGGAGCUCAUCAACGGAUAUCCUCUGUGUCAGGUGCAUGAGUUGCAGGACCCAUCAGCUCUGUAUAGUGAGGCAAUGGAGCUCAUAGUCAAACUGGCCAAUCAUGGUCUGAUUCAUGGAGACUUCAAUGAGUUCAACAUGAUGCUGGAUGACCAGGACCACAUAACUAUGAUUGACUUCCCUCAAAUGGUGUCUACAUCACACCCCAACGCUGAAUGGUAUUUUGACCGUGAUGUCAAAUGUGUCAAAGAUUUCUUUGCAAAGCGAUUUAACUAUGAAAGUGAGCUCUUUCCAACCUUCAAUGACAUCAGGCGGUCUUGUACGUUAGAUGUUGAAGUCUCAGCCAGUGGGUUCACCAAAGAUCUGGAGAGAGAUAGUGAAUUACUACAUCCAGCAGGACCUGAGGAGGAAGAUGAUGAUGAAGAAGAGGAUGAGGAAGAAGUAAAGGCAACAGAUGAGGGGGCAGAAAGAGAGGUUGAUAGUGUGGAUAUAGAGGAAUAUAAACACGCAAUGCUGGAACUGGAGGGGUUGAAAAUCAGUGAAACACCUGCAAACACACAAGAUCAGGAGGAGGAAAAGGCUGAGGCAGAAUCCACAACUAGAGGCAAUGAAGAGGUGUUAGAGGAAGCGCUGAAGGAAGCAGAUGAUGAGUGUCCAGAGCUGACAGACCUCUCUGCCUCCAACAAGGAGUUCAAACCUUUCAGAGACUCUGACAGUCUUCAACACAUUGCAGAACAUAGGAGGAGGAGAACAGACAGUGAAGCCACUAUGGGCAGUGUGGGGAGCUGCUCUACCAUACCACAAGAGAUUGUCCGUCAGAAAGUGCGGAGGCAACUCACUAAACAACAGAAGGCAGCACAGAGGCGACGUCUGCAGAAAGGAGAGGCCAACUUGGAGACCAAAUCUAGGAGGGAAAAUCAUAAUAAUAUCAAGUCCAGCAUGGAGAGUGCCUAUUUCUGGGGAUAAAUAAGACUGCCAUCAUGGACAUGAAUUGCAUUUCAGCAUAUGUUUUAACUGGUUAAUAUUCAUCUUUUGUGGCUCCUCUUCUUCUUUGUUGUAAAAAUAGCAAGAGGUUCUCAGUGCCAUAACUCAGCUGUUUUGUACUUUCAUAGGAGAAUCAAAGGCAAAUAAUUUGUAUUUCUGAUUUGAUUUCUCUAUGAGCAUAUCCUCUUGGAAAAACGUGAGGAAUAGACAUUUUUCCAUACAAUCAACAGUGUGUUUCAUGCUGCUUUACAGAGAGUCUAAUGGAAAUAUUGACCACCUAUUAUAUAAAGUGGUAUGACUGACUAUUAUGCUAUAUGUGACUGCUGAGGUGUGUUUGUUCUCUUUUCCAAAUAACACAGUAAACAGUUAUGACAACA